AGCCUCAUCAUCUCUGCAGUGCUUCAAGGCUCCAUGUCCACCCUCCAUCGUCCCCAGUGGUUCUGCUCCUUGCACACCAACAGGGGCGGCGCCGCCCCCAUCUCCUUCUCCUCGAACGUUCGUCUUCCUCCUCCUCAUCUACGUCCCAAACAACAGCUGCUGGUGGAGACUACAACACCCAAGGAUUAUGAAGAGCUUGUAUGUCAUAGGCAUAAGAAUUGUUUAGAGGAAGUGAGAAGGGUAUUCCACGAGACCAAGGAUCAAUUAGAUACAAUGUUAAUGAUUGAUUUCCUUCAGAGAUUAGGCAUUGACUAUCAUUUCAGUGAAGAGAUCAAAUCAAAAAUAGAUUCCUUAUGUAAUAAUCAUUUCAGUAUUAUCGAUGAUGGUAUACACAACUUUGUGAAAGUUACUCUUUUAUUUCGAUUAUUACGACAAGCUCGGCACCCUAUAUCUUCUAAUAUAUUUUCUAUCUUCUUGGAUGGCAAAGGAAACUUCUCGACAUCCCUUGGGAAAGAGAUCGAUGGAAUGGUAAACUUGUAUGAAGCAUCCUAUUUGAACACUGGUGAAGAAAUACUUUACAGAGCCAACACGUUUGCAAGCGAGCAUCUUAAAUCUUCCAUGGCAUGCUUGGAAUCAGACGAUGCCAGAUUCAUUCAGCAGACAUUGGAUUAUCCAUAUCAUAUGAGUUUGCAGAGGUAUAAAGCCAGGCAAUAUCUUGAUCAUCACCAUCAAGACAAAGGAAUGAGAAGAAUCAUUCAAGAACUAGCCAGGAUGGAUUUCAUUCUGAUUCAGUCUUUGCAUAAACAGGAGUUGCAAGAAAUGACAAGUUGGUGGAGAAACACCGGGUUAUCACAAGAUCUAAGGUUUGCCCGAGACCAAUCCUUGAAGUGGUACGUGUGGUCAAUGACCAGCCUUCCCAAUCCCAAGUUCUCCCAACACAGACUUGCCUUGACCAAAGUCAUCGCCUUCGUCUAUCUUAUCGAUGACAUCUUCGACCUAAAAGGAUCACUCGAUGAGCUUCGUCUCUUCACGGAUGCCAUCAAUAAAUGGGAAGUGUCCGCCAUCGAUUUGCUUCCAUGUUACAUGAGAAUAUGCUACGACGCACUGUACAAGACCACUAAUGAGAUUGCAGAAAUGAUCUUUGAGGAGCAUGGGUGGAACCCAAUCAACAUCCUAAAGAAAUCGUGGAUUGAAUUAAGCAAUGCAUUUAUGAGGGAAGCAAUGUGGUUUGCGAGGGGUCAUGUCCCACCUGCGGAUGACUACCUGAGGAACGGCGUGAUCAGCUGCGGCGUGCCGCUUGUGUUGACACACUUAAACUUUCUUUUGGGAGGAGGUGCGAUGGAUUCUGCAGAAAGUUAUCCCAACCUGAUAUCAUCUCCUGCAACAAUUCUUCGACUGUGGGAUGAUCUGGGAAGUGCCAAGGACGAGAAACAAGAAGGAUUUGAUGGGUCAUACUUGGAGUGCUUCAUGAAAGAGAACCCACAGUGCUCCGUCGAAAGUGCACGAGAACAUGUGAUGCAGAUGAUAUGUAAAGCAUGGGAGGAGCUCAAUAAAGAAAGCUUCUCAUCGAGCUCCUUCUCUCAGGACUUUGUAACAGCAUGCCUCAACACGGCACGCAUGGUGAAGUUGAUGUACAGCUACAAUGAGGAGCAUAAGCUGCCCAUGCUUGAGGAGUACGUAACCUUGUUGCUCUUCAAAGCUCCAAAUCUGAAGGCAUGAGUCAUAUAUAUGCUGUAAUAUAAUACUAGCGGUAGUAGCUAUCCGUGAAUUGGAUUUUUCUGUAUUGCAUUGCAUCGAGAAAGUCUUAAAGAACGAUGGAAGGGGUGAGGCUCCACCGCAAGUACUAUAUGAGCUAAAUGUUGGUAUCAAAAUGCAAUA